AAAGCUCUUCGAAAACGAAAAGUUUUAAUUUAUUGUCGAUAAUAAUGACAAAUUUAUCUCGCGUUUUACUCAUUUAAUCGUUAAUUUCAACUAAUUAUCGCGAAAUGACGUAUUCACCUUCAGCGAAAAAAAGUCAUGUUUCAAAAAGCAUCUGUUAUCAGCUAUCAAUGUUCAGUUUUUUGAAUCGUUUGUAAAGUGAAUUUUCAUUUUGAAAAAUCGUAGUAUUUUCAUUAUUUUUUCCCCAAUUUUUUGAUCCGAAGGAAAUUUUUUCAUCUCGAACCAACACACAUGAUUCGUGGUAAAGAUCUGGUCACCAGUUUAAUUAUAGCUUCUGAAAAAGCUGCUCGAGUUGCUCGAAUAUGUCGUCAAAAUCCGCAUCUAUUAUCCCUACUCGUCGAGGAAAAAACACAAGAAAUGGAUAAAAAUUGUCGUUUUGUAAAGGAUUUCAAAACUUUAGCCGAUGUUCUAGUCCAACAAGCCAUCAAGUAUGAUUUGGAGAGAGAGUUUUCUGAUUUGAAAGGCCACGUCUAUGGCGAAGAAAGCGAAUCGUUCACCAAUACGAAUGGAGAUCAUGUGGCUGUCAAUUUGAACGAAGAUGAUUCCAAUACAUUCGCUAUUUUGAGAAAAGUAUUAGAUGGAGAUGAAGAAGCUGCGAAUGUGCUAACGAAAUGUGUUCAUUCUCAAGUUGACAUUCAAGAUGUACCUGUUCAGAUGUUUCCUUCCGAAUGUGGCGAAUUACCUAUCGAAGAGAUUGCUAUAUGGAUAGAUCCGAUUGAUUCUACAGCCGAAUACAUCAGUGGAGAAAAUACCAGUGUCUUUGUAAACGAUUCUUUGCGAAUUUCAUUAAAUGGUUUAAAUUGCGUAACAGUAUUGAUCGGAGUAUUUAACAGGAUUACAGGAGAACCUAUUAUAGGCGUCAUCAAUCAGCCAUUUUAUUCGUUCAACGCUAAUGUCUGGCAAGGCCGAUGUUUCUGGGGCUACUCUUAUAGAAAUAAUUCUUCAUCCAGCAUUCCAUCUAACUUAUCACCAUCCAACGGAAAUAUCAUUGCUGUGAGUGCGGUAGAAAAAGAAGAGAAUAGAAAAAGACUAGAAGACGCUGGGUUCACUCUAAUCUCACCAGCAGGAGCUGGAUUUAAAAUCCUAUGCGUUGUUCUUGGGCAAGUUAGCGCUUAUGUUCUGAGUUACGGAUCCACGUACUUCUGGGAUACUUGCGGUUGUCACGCCAUCCUCAAAUCACUCGGAGGAAAUAUCUUGAACUACGACGAGGCUGUAAAAUUCGAUAAAUUGAGUGAUAUUUCGUAUCAAGAAAAAAAUGAUACGAAUAAUAUCAAAUUAUACGCCAAUAAAGGUGGUAUUAUCGCUUCAAAAGACGAAGGCGUGAUUGUGAAAAUUGUUGAUAUUUUAAAACAAACUAAAACCGAAUGAAUAACUUCAUUCGAAAAAAAUUAUGUCUGAUUUUUUUUUCUUCUUCAGCCGGUGUCUGGGCUAAUUCCUUAUUAUGUAGUUUUUAUUAUUUUUCAAAUUGACCGCAUCAGUUGAGAAAAUUGAGGCCAUUGAUAGUAUAUUAUUCAUUUAACCAUUUUUCGUGACCAUGUUAUUUUUUUAAAGUGACGAAAGUCACUAUAAUAUUAUUUUUUCAGUAUUUUUUGCUGUUUUACUCGUUUUUUUGUUUGUUUUUAUUCCGGAUUUGUUUAGUUACCAACUCAUUGAUCUGAUUAGGUUACCAUGUGUUGUAUGUUUUUUUUCUUUCUCGUUGAGUUCUCAAAACUAAAAAAAAAAAAUUGUUUUUUCGUAUUUUAACGUUUACCAUUUGUAUUAUUUUGACUAGCAGUAUUUCGAUUGUUCAGUAUUCCAUAAUUCGAACAAUAUUUCAAAAAUUAUUAAUCUACGAGUAGUUUGUUGUCACUUUUAGAUUUUUCAGUACUAUUAAUUUAUUUGGGGAUAAUUAAGUAUUACAAUGAAGGCGUGUUGUGUCAAGUUGCAUCGCAUCAUGUUGUGUAAUAUCACGUAAUAAUCAUUCCUUAUUCAUUAAACUAAAGUGCAUGUUAAGAAAUUCCAAUUCCUAUCUUUUCAUGGAAUUACUACGUACUUAGUCUAAAAAAGAAGCGUAUAAUUUUUCGAGUAAGUACUUAUUUCGAUAAAUUUAAUGUCAUGAUUGUCUGCAGUGUUAUUAUGUACUUCAUAAGUCUGUUACUCUGUUUUACAUUCGUUUAUUAAUCCAGUUGUUAAUGUUUUAGAAAAUUUUUAUUAGUGCAAAUAUUGAAACGAUAUGUGCUAUCCUCCAUCAUUCUGUUAAAUUAUUAUAGGUACCUAUCUAUAUUUCAGUUACAGUAAAUAAAGAUUUAUAAAUGUUUGAAAAUUGGAAAUCUUAUUUUUGAUAAAAUAUUCGUCAUUCCAAACUAAUGCAUUUCAGCCAUCGUUGGUACAUAUUUUCGUGGUUAAAUAUUAACUUUAAAAUCGAAAAUAGCUAUUUUUAGGUACCCCAAGUCACGACUUUUCUAUAAAUAAAUUUUCAAGAACCCUUAAAAGUUAAAAGUGAGCUAUCAAAGUUCAAAUCUCUAAAUAUUUAUUCUAUCUUAAGUCAAUGUACUGAUUUUAAUUUCCCAGUCGAGUGAAUCUCGUUGAAAUUAAUUAGGUAUUCGUUAAUGUGGGAGUAGGUAUUACGUUGACUUUAUAUGAAAUGGAUUAUUUAUGUCAUGGUUUUGAAAAUUCAAGUGAACUGAGUUUUCAAUUUCAAGUGAUGGAAGUUCGCGUCAUUUCGUUAAUAUGUCAAUACUUCGCUGAGAGGAAGUGGAAGUAUAGUGAUGUUAUUAAUUUUUCAACGAAAAAUGAUCAUUUUUUUUUAUUCAUAGAAGUAUGAUCGUAAUACCGCGUUGGAUCAUAAAUUAGGAUACAAUGAGUAGAUUUCCUGUUACUUUAAAUAUGUGUACGGUCUACUCAAAGUGUUCAAAUAUUCAAUCAAUUUUAUCUCUUGAGUUCUCUGAAGAUAUAGCGACACUCUUAUCUUAUUCUAAUGAGUUGAUUAUGUUGCUGUCCUUCUUCUUGCAUUUAAUAUUCGCUGCUGUCAUCUUGUUUUUCCAGGAGAAUUCUACGAUGCAAAAAUUGUCAAGUAGGUAUUCCUUGUGUUGGAACUGAUUACUGAAAGCUGAAAUCAUUUUCUGAAAUUUUUAUUUUUUUAUUACACAGAUAUAGGUAGAUGAAAUACUGCUGUAAUUGUUGACGAUAUCAGUCAGCUUAUCGUAGCUAAUUGGUGUAAUGUAAAUAAUUAACGAUGUUCUUGAAGGAAGUCGUUCUUAGUUUCUCAUCAAAAAAUCAUCGUCUCGAGUUCUCUACGAAUUUUUCAUUAGUAAAUGUUAUCAAUAAUCAUCAAAUUAUGAACCAAGAUACAUUUAAUACUUGGUAAUUUCUAAAUGUAUUCAAAUAUUUUAAUAUUUAACUUAGUUCGCCAACAAAUUCGUCUGCAAAAAGCGGUAGGGUGGAAACGAGCGCCGGAUCCGGAGAUAGAAAUAAAAAAUUCCAAGAUGGCAGCACUGUUUUUAGCCCGUUAGAUUUUUUUCUCGUUCGUUGCCUUACCUGCGUCGUUCGCCGUGUUCCUCCUAAUCUACCGUAGUGAUAUUUUGAGGACAAUUUUUUUGAAGUACAAAUUUUAUAUAUUUAAAACUUUGAAACUUUCACGAUUUCUUAUUAAUUUCUCGAAAAAAGGAAUUAAUAUUCAGUAUUACUUUCGUACGUAUUUAUUGCUGUACUAUAUUUCUUCUGUGUGUGUGUUUAAUUUAUGCCAAACAUGAAUGCAUUUAUCAGAAACACGGUUCUUCGUCGAAAGUGCAAUAUUUCUCCUUUA